CACAACAAACAACACAGCUCUCUCCCCAUCAUUGCUAAAAUCCUUCGAAGGCAACUUUACAUCGUACCGCUAACACUAUCCGUAUCCACGCUUUUAGUUCGAGCAUCUGCUUUUUAGCUUUGCAAUGGCUUCUCGUCAGGAUCAGGCUAGCUACCGCGCCGGGGAGGCCAAGGCCCGCACCGAGGAGAAGACGGGGCACGUGAUGGGCGCGGCGCAGGAGAAGGCGCGGGAGGCCAAGGACACGGCGUCCGACGCCGCGGGCCGCGCCAUGGGCAGGGGCGGCGACGCCAAGGAGGCGACCAAGGAAAAGGCUUACGAGGCCAAGGACAUGGCCUCCGACGCGACGGGCCGAGCCAUGAACAAAGGCCGCGACGCCGCGGAGGUGACCAAGGAGAAAGGCCUCGAGGCCAAGGACAAGACCGCCGAGACGGCCCAGCAGACCGGGAGCUACAUUGGGCAGACCGCCGAGGCCGCCAAGCAGAAGGCCGCCGGCGCCGCGCAGUACGCCAUGGACACCGUGGUGGCCGGCAAGGACAAGACAGGAAGCGUCCUCGUGCAGGCAGGGGAGACGGUGAAGAGCGCGGCGGUGGGGGCCAAGGACGCGGUGAUGAACACCAUCGGAAUGGGCGCCGACAACAACGGCAGCAGCACUAACGUCCCCGGCAAGGACACGAGCACUUACAAGCCUGGGAAGGGUUACUAAUCUUUCGAAAAGGAGGGCAACUAAUCGUGCUACUGUCGAAGUGUUACCUGAUGUAUGUUUCUAAGUUGUAGUUUGAUUUCUACGUGUCUGUUGCCACUUUGGUUUCUAAAUUAGUGUUACAUGUGGAGGUUGUAAUGUGUCAGGACCUAGACAAAUGCCCACCGAUGCAUUCCUUGACUCCUCCAUUUGAUGUUUCCGUUUCAGAAUAUAAUAAAGGUGUACUCGAACUGUUUUGUUCUGUAA